AGUGCAAUAAAGCUUGUUCUUGGCGGGACAGCCGUGCCCGAGCUGCUGUCCCUUUACUUCCUCGUGGCAGAGGCGACGGAGCAAACAAAGCGGGCGGGCAGUGCGGCGCCGGGCGCGGGUGGGAGCGGAUCCCUGGCUGCUCCAUCCCGAGGGGAUCCCGAUGCCCGCCCCAUGCCGCCCCGCCGCAACACCAGCCUGUUCCCCUUCUUCACGGAGGUGAAGGGCGCCAACCGCGUGGCGCUGACGGUGCUGGAGACGGCGGUGCUGGGCUCGGUCUUCGUGCUGGCGCUGGCGGCCAACGGGGCGGCGAUCCGGCUGCUGGCGCGGCGCAAGGGGCCCCUUCGCCUGUCGGGCUGCCUGGUGCUGAACCUCUUCUGCGCGGACCUGCUCUUCGUCAGCGCCAUCCCGCCCAUCGCCGUGGUGCGCUGGACCGAGAGCUGGGCGCUGGGCGAGGCGCUCUGCCACCUGCUCUUCUACCUGAUGAGCCUCAGCGGGACCGUCACCCUCCUCUCCCUGGCCGCCGUCAGCCUGGAGCGCCUGCUCAGCAUCCUCCGCCUCCGCCCCGCGCGGCCCUGCCGCCGGCGCCUCGUGGCCGCCGUCCUCGCCCUCAUCUGGGCCUUCGCCGCCCUCGCCACCCUCCCGCUCUCCCUCUUCUUCACCGUCCGCCCCAGAGCUUUUGUUCAUUCCUUCCAGGAAGUGUACAUUUGCACCUUGAUGUGGCCCAGCACUGCAGGAGAAAUCUCGUGGGAUGUGUGCUUUGCCUUUGUGGUCUUCCUCGUACCCGGACUUGUGAUUGUAAUAAGUUAUUCAAAGAUUUUACAGAUUGCAAAAGCAUCGAGGAGACGUCUGGAUGCUGGCAUGGCCUACUCUGUGAGUAGUCACAUAAGAAUCUCCCGACAAGACUUCAAGCUGCUACGGACUCUAUUUGUGUUGAUGAUUUCAUUCUUUGUCAUGUGGAGCCCAAUUAUUGUCACUAUACUCCUUAUUUUAGUACAGGAAUUGAAACCAGAGUUGAACAUUGUGCCUACUUUCUUCUUCUGGGUCAUGGCCUUCACAUUUUCCAAUUCAGUUGUGAAUCCAGUUUUAUACAAUGUGGCUCAUUUCAAACAUGAGUGGAGGAGAAUCUUUUUCUGUUGCCCAGGAAGUUCUCGGAGGAAGACUGUGACAGACACUACUCUCAGGCACCAUAACAAUGGACAUUUUACUGUGUCUGUAAUCUCCAGAUAGCUGUGUGCAAUGUUUCUGAUGAGCUUCUUAAAGAUGUGCUAAAAUGCGUAGUUCAGAAGACAAGAAAAUUUUGGAAAAUACCGGAUUUUGCAGCCUUUGCACAAACAUCAUACUAAAUAUUGUAGUACUAAGAAAUCUACUAGUACGGCAAAGAGGACUUUACUUCUCUUGCUGUAGUGAGAUUAAAGCAUACUGUAGUUCAGGUAGUUUUGUUCAGAGCAUGACUAAGUCUCACAUAAUGAAAAUGACUUUUCUCCCUGCCUCCAGGAUCUUCCAUACAGAGGAUGGCUGCACUUGACUGGAAGCCAUGGCACACCUUCUAGAAAUGCAUAGUUGGGGGAGGGGGGAGAUGAGCAAAGGCAUAACCAAAUAUUCAGGCAUACUUAUCAUAUUUACAAGAGAAAAUGCCAGUUCCUGAGAGACUCAAGCAUUGAGUACAGUACCAAUUUUAAGUUAUAUUUUGAGUCGCUGUCUAUGACCUUUCCUCUAAUACUGGAUACAUGUUGAGUAUAGUAUGACCCCCAUACUUCUACUUUCACCUACCAGCAUCUGACAAAAUUAUCUAAGUUUUUUUUUAUCCUGCAGGCGAUUUUAUUGUAUAUUUCCAUCUGAAGUUACUAUAAAGUUGUACUGGAAGACUUGGCAAAUUCCUAGAAAAGCUAUAACACUAAGAAUUUUUAGGUCCUCCAAGGCAACUCUCUGCCAACCUCUAGCAGAAGCUAUUCAUCUCAAUAUGAUUUACUAUUAUCCACUCUUUUCUGUCUCCACAGUAAGUUCAGAAAAGUUAUCCCUGUGGAUAUGCGGGUCAUACUCUAUAUAGAAGAAAUGUGCAUUAAUAGAUUUCCUUUGUCACAUCUUCUUGCCAGAGGAAAAGGGUGUCAAGUCAUGGAGAAUACACUAGUGUAUACCAGUGCCUUGAAAGUUAUUUGCUCAGGCAGAACAUCGUUCACAUAUUAAACAAGAGUGCAAGGUGGGAAUGACCAUGAGUAUAGGCAUCCCAGCCGCUUACUUUGUGAGCCACAGUGGCAUGUCCUGAUAACAUAUAGCACAGUAACCUUGUUGAAGCUAAGCGAGCUUGAGUCUGGGUGGAAGAACAAAAUGUACUCAGGGGAGAGAAACACAACCUAGUAAACAUUGGUUAGGCAAGAAUUAGGGAAGCAGCUCCUCAAGGACAUCAGGGCCGUAUUGCUUCCUGCUGUGUCCCUUGUUUGUGAAAUCAGGGUCUAAAGGCUGUGUGCUUAUUUGGAGAGCAACCCAGACUGAGAUCCAUGAUUUAGUAAAGAUUCAGAGAAUCAGGCUAUAAGUUCAGAUGUGUGGGUAUGAUUUUGUGCAUCUGUCCCCUAAAUAGAUCUUUAGUCAAGUACAGGUUGAGCAACUCUUACCCAGAAUUGCAAAAUCCAGAAUACUCCACAAAAUCUGAAAUUGUGCACAUGGAUGGAUGAGAUAGUGGCAGCUUUGCUUUCCGAUGCUUCAGUUUGCACAGACUUUGUUCCAUUAUUUAAAAAAUGUGUAUAAAAUUGCUCACAGGCUAUGUAUAUAAGAUGUAUAUUAAACAUAAAGGAAUGUCAGUUUUGGA